ACCGUGCAUUGAAUGAGGUGACUCCACCGCUGAGCGCUGCCGUGCCGGACAUGCUGGAACUCCAGUACGAGCUGGAGUCCAAGGCAGCAAGGUGGUAUGCCACCAUUGACAUUGCCAAUGCAUUCUUCUCCAUUCCUUUGGCAGCAGAGUGCAGGCCUCAGUUUGCUUUCACCUGGAGGGGCGUGCAGUACACCUGGAACCGACUGCCCCAGGGGUGGAAACACAGCCCCACCAUCUGCCACGGACUGAUCCAGGCUGCACUGGAAAAGGGUGAGGCUCCGGAACAUUUGCAGUACAUCGAUGACAUCAUUGUAUGGGGGAACACGGCAAUGGAGGUAUUUGAGAAGGGAGAGAAGAUCAUCCAGAUUUUGCUGGGAGCCAGUUUCACCAUUAAAAACAGCAAAGUCAAAGGACCUGCCUGAGAGAUCCAGUUCCUGGGAGUGAAGUGGCAACAUGGACGGUGCCAGGUCCCCAUUGAGGUCAUUAAUAAGAUCACUGCAAUGUCUCCACCAACAAGCAAGAAGGAAACACAAGCUUUCCUAGGUGCCAUAGGCUUUUGGAGAAUGCACAUCCCUGAGUACAACCAGAUUGUGAGCCCUCUCUACCUGGUCACCCGAAAGAAGAACGAUUUCCACUGGGGCCCUGAACAGCAGCAAGCCUUCGCCCAGAUCAAGCAGGAGAUUGCCCAUGCAGUAGCCCUUGGCCCAGUCAGGACGGGACCAGAGGUAAAGAAUGUGCUUUACUCUGCAUCUGGGAACCAUGGUCUGUCCUGGAGCCUUUGGCAGAAGGUGCCUGGUGAGACCCGAGGCCGACCCCUGGGAUUCUGGAGCAGAGGUUACAGAGGGUCUGAAGCCAAUUACACUGCCACAGAGAAAGAAAUCCUGGCUGCCUAUGAAGGAGUUCAAGCUGCCUCAGAGGUGACUGGCACGGAAGCACAGCUUCUCCUGGUGCCCCGACUGCCAGUGCUGGGGUGGAUGUUCAAAGGAAAGGUUCCCUCUGCCCACCACGCCACCGACGCCACA